UUUCCUAUCUGAAAUCAAACUCCUUUUUUUUUUCUGAAAUGGGCCAAAUCAAAUUGUUUACGUUUUAAAAAUCGACUUUGCGAAUUUCGAUGGUCAAAAUUUGGUCAUCGAUUUGUUUCAAUCGUUAACCAUGUUUCCAUCUCAUUUAUUCGCUCAUUUUAAAUACCCGAGCUUUCUCUCUGAACGCAUUGACUAUUCCACACCGAUGGAGACGGAGUUGCACCUCGCCGCCGGCUACUGCGCCGCCACGGGCGUCUACCGGAGCGGCCACCCUCCGCAGUUCGCCGCCGCCGCCGCGCUCUCCUUCCCGGAGUACAUCCUCCCGCACAUGCUCCUCCCCGGCCGCCGAGCCCGCCCGGCCUUCGUCGACGCCUCCACCGGCGCCGCGCUCUCCUUCGCCGGCCUCCGCGCGCUCUCGCUCCGCGUCGCGCGCGCGCUCGCCGCCGCCGGCCUCCGCCGCGGCCGCGUCGCGCUCCUCCUGUCGCCGAACUCGCUCCACUUCCCCGCGCUCUCGCUCGCCGUGCUCUCCCUAGGCGCCGUGCUCUCCGCCGCCAACCCGCUCCUCACGCCCGACGAGCUCGCUCGGCAAGCCGACGACGCGAAGCCUUUCCUCGCGCUCGUCACCGGCGAACUCGCCCCCAAGCUCCGCUCCAUCGCGCCCGACGUCAAACUUGUCCUCGUCGAGCAGCUCCUCGCCGACGUCGCCGCAGAGGUCGACGACGACGAGACAUUGGAUCUGCCGGCGGCGAACAUUGGCCGCGACGACGCGGCGCUGCUGUUCUACUCGUCGGGGACGACGGGGAGGAGCAAGGGCGUGGUGAGCACGCACGGCAACGCGAUCGCCAUGGCCGCGUCGCUGGAGCGCGCGUGGGGUGGCGGCGGCGGCGGCGGCGAGAAGCCGCAGCAGUACGACGACCACGACGAGGCGUACGGCUGCGUGCUGCCCAUGUUCCACAUGUUCGGCUUCUCGUCGUUCGUGAUGGGGACGGCGGCGCUGGGCGCCACGGCGGUGGUGGUCCCCGGCAGGUUCUCGGUGGAGAAGACGAUGGCGGCGGUGGAGGAGUACGGGGUGACGAGGCUUCUGGUCGUGCCGCCGAUGGUCGUGAAGAUGGUCGCGGCGGCGGCCGGCGACGGCGAGCCGUCGCGGCGUCGUCUCCGGCUGCGGCAGGUGGUGUCGUCCGGCGCGCCGUUGCAGCGCGAGCACAUGGCGCGCUUCCGCAGCUGCUUCCCGGCGGUCAACCUCGGCCAGUGCUACGGGCUAACGGAGACGACGGGCAUUGUCACCAUGUGCGAUCUGCAGCACAACGACAACGGCAUCGACAAGGUGGAAAUGCCACCGUCAUCGACGGAUAUGACGUUCGUCGCUGUUGCAGCGACGACGACGGAGGUGAAGGAGAGAAGCACCGGCGGCGGCGGCGGCGGCGGUGGCGUCUCGAUUGGGCGGCUCAUGCCGGAUGUGGAGGCCAAGAUCGUGGACCCGGACUCCGGCGAGCUCCUCCCGCCCCGCCGCACCGGCGAGCUCUGGGUCCGAGGCCCCUCCACCAUGCGAGGCUACCUGAACAACGAGGAGGCGACCGCCCUGGCCCUGGUCGCCGCCGCCGGCUCUGUCUCCGUCUCCGGCGGCGGCGAGCGGUGGCUGCGGACCGGUGACCUGUGCUACGUGGACUCGCGUGGGCUGGUGUACGUGGUAGACAGGGUGAAGGAGCUGAUCAAGUGCAACGCCUACCAGGUGGCUCCGGCCGAGCUGGAGGACGUCUUGGCCACCCACCCUGACAUCCACGACGCAGCCGUCGCGCCGUAUCCCGACAAGGAGGCCGGCGAGAUCCCGAUGGCAUAUGUGGUCAAGAAACAAGGCAGCGGCCAUCUUCAGGAAGAUGAAGUCAUUUCCUUUGUACAGAACAAGGUGGCGCCAUACAAGAAGAUCAGGAAAGUGGUGUUCGUUGACUCCAUUCCAAGGUCUCCUUCAGGCAAAAUCCUCAGGCGCCAGCUGAAAAACUUGCUACAGGGGUCUAUCCUGCAUCGAAGCAGGAUGUAACCCAUGAUCACACGAAUAAACACCAUGAAUUUCCAAAGGUUCAAUUAUCUUUAUCUGGACGUGCAGUCAUACUCAUAUCUAUACUCCUUUAAAAAUCUCUAGAUCUGUCACCCCACUAUUCUCAUUAUAGUUUUUACCUAUUACAUUGUAUAACAGCUAAAUCUAAAUGAUUAGCUACAUAUAAAAUUAAACUAAAGUGAGUAUUCUCUAUUAAGAAAAUGUGAGAAAUAUAUUUCAGGAAGGAGGUGUUUUAUUUAUUCUGGAAAUAUUGUGAUAUAUUUUCCUUUAGCCGUAGCAAAGUGCUGACGUUUUGCUAAUUUAUAUACUCAUCUGUAUUGUACUACUCGUGUGCAAAAGGAAUAAUGUAUAUGAAUAAACAACAUCUACUUAUCGGCAGACUCUG